AUGAAUAGCAACCCCAUCCUCGCCAGCGUGGCGCAAGACAUUUCCAAUCUGCGCUCCGACGUCCAAGAACUCCACAGACACAUCACUUCGUCCCGCAAGCUCACCCAUCGCAACUACAUCAUCGAACAACUCCAGCCUAUUCCUGGCCUUACUCUCCUUGAGAAGUCAGCGCUGGCAAGCACGAUCAUGUUCCUGUUGUUCAAGAAAUGUGAUGGUUUGCUGAAUCAACCCCCAGAGCGAAUCAGUGUUGUCACGCAUGGGGAUCGAGUAGAUGUUGCGCUGCACAACAUCAUUGUUGUGAGAGGUGAUAUGAACAGACUGAGGGGACUAAGAGAUAGAGUCGAGUAUGAGACGGGUCUUUUAUAG